AUUUUGUGACGUCAGUCGUGUGUUGUAUGUUGAUUUUCGUUUUCUGACGACGUUAAUGCCUUAUCUAACACUGAAAUCCGAAAUCCGAAAUCCGAAUUAAUAAUUUUAUUUUUGUUAAUUCUGUACAUUUUUAAACGUCGUACUUACUACCUCUGACGAAUAACGAUACAAUAAUCAUAAUUCAUGUUCCAUUAUUAAUAUUAUUAUAUUUUAAUUUAUGUUACACCGAGUCUAUAAACCGCAUAGACAGACUUCCCUCGGUCCACUAUCGUUUCCGUUUCGGUGAAAUCACUGCCACCGUUUAUUCGAACGCAGUACUUCGUUGGUGGUUACCCGUUCUUCAGUGUUAUUGGCCACGGUUUUCGUAUUUCGUGUAUCGCCGAUAUAUCACGUGCCAUAGAUAUAGAUAAUUUUAUGUCGCAUAUGAAUCAUGCCUUGGUGUGUUAUAACUGGCUGUAGUAACAAUUUAAAAUCUACAAAACAACAUGAAAAAGAUGUGUCAUAUCAUAUUUUUCCAAAAAAUCCGCAACGACGUAAUGCCUGGAUGAAAAGUAUUAAGCUACCAUUUAAAUUUAAUGCAGAUACAUCAUAUGUCUGUUCUAAACAUUUUGUUUCUGAUGACUUUGAAUGUAACAAUUUAAAAGAACAAUUACUUAACAUUAAAGUAAAGAAACAACUUAAAAGAACUGCUAUUCCAUCUAUUAAUAUGUCUAAUACUUCAGAAGAAGAAAGAUUCACAAAUGGAGCCAAUAAACCAGAUACAAGUUUGAAUUGUAUUAAUCGAUCAGAUGAGCAAAAAUGUUGUGCUGUUCCCAUUUGCAACAACAGCAUUGUGUAUUGUGAAUCAGAUAAGCCAAAUAGGAACGGUAAAAUUGUGUUCCACAAAUUUCCAAGUGAUCCUGUAAUGUUAGAGAAAUGGUUGAAUUUCUGUAGUAUUUAUAAAUCAAUUUCACAUGAAUAUAAAAAUGCUCAAAUAUGUUCAGAACAUUUCAACAAAGACAAUUAUGAAAACAAAUAUACUGAUGAGUCAUUGCAUCCAAUAAAAGUAUUGAAAAAAGAUGCAGUACCAACAUUAAACGGUGGAAUUAAAAUUACAGACGCUAAAAGUAUUGAAGACGAGUUAUCAAAAAAAGAGCGUAAAAAACUUGUGGAUAAAUUGUUAGCAGAUUAUGAGGAGCAACAAAAAAAUGAAAAGAGUCAUCUGAAUGGCAUGGUAACCAAGUACCCAGGUUUUUUUUCUCCAAAAAUUAAUCCAAAUGCUAAACUUGGUGAUAAAUUGAAAUUAUUAAAGUCAAUGGAUAAUCCAAUAACCUAUCCUCCUGCUAAAAAAAGGAAAAUAUCUACAACACCAAAGUUAAAUACAGAACAUUUAGAAUCACCAUUUAUUAACAAUUUAACGCAAAAAAUGAAUGAAAUGAUUCAAGUAACAGUAGUUAAAGGCGGACUUAUGUUACAUACACUACCGCAAACCACUAAAAAUGAACUAAGUCAUACUUUGGAAAAAACGGUUCCUGAUGAUGAAGAAGAAAUCAUCAUUGUAACAGAAGAUGAAGCUAGCCUUAUAGAUCUGAAUUCAUAUGAAGAAGGGGAUAAGGGAAAUAACACCGAAGUGAUUAUAGUCACUGACUCAAAAGAAACUGAAGACACCCUUAAGCAUGUAAAAAAAGUACCUAAAAAGUGUUCAACUAAUAACAUUUAUGAUAGUAAAAAUAAGUGUUAUGAACAAACGUUAUUGAAAAACAAUGAAAGUAUAUGUACACCUGUUUAUACAGCUAAAGUUCCAUUAAGUGUAGAUAAAGGAUGCCAAGUAAUAAUCCCAUGCGGUGGUUGUGAAAAUAGAAGUCUUAAGAUCAAUAAACUUUUAAGGGAGAGAACAAGAUUAUUGAAAGAUCUUAAUCAAAAUGGUGCAUGGAAGGAUCCAGAUGAAAUAAAUAACUUGAAGAGGAUGAAUGGUGUAUUGUCCUUAUUAUUGUUGCAGUGUGUUGGCGAAAAAAAUGGUAAAAAAUCUUCGUCUAUACGAGUGGAUUUAGUGCAAGAUUCUAUUGAGAGAAUUAAUCGUGGGUGGUCAAUGCAAGACACAUCAGAAACAUUAAGCCAAGCCUUGAGUAUUAAUGCUUAUGACGAAUUUGCAAGAGCGUUUGAAGUGAUUAAUGAAAUAUAAUGCAAAAUGUAUCUUAUUAUAGAUUGGGUCUUUAACUUUCAUUUAAUUUAUGUUUAAUGUUGACUAGACAAGUUAAUUCAUUGAUUAGUUUACAUGACAAAUCUAUAAGAUAAAAUUAUGUUUGAUUGCAGGGUAAUAAAAAUGUUAAUGUUAAUUUCCUAUUAAAUAGGCUAUUUUACAUUAUUAAACUAUGCAGACAAAAGUGAAAAAAAGAA